GUGACUCAUUUUCAGAAACUUCCAGAAGAUGAGAUCUACUUUCCUGCUUUCGUUUCUGCUCAUCUGUGCCCUCUUCUCGUACUCAUCUGCAAGUACGCUGUGCGUCAAGCUGAUAAAGGAAGCAGCUUUCGCGCCUGGGGUAAAUUUUACACUUCACAGUUGAAUUAG